GGUUUGAGUGCAGCAGUAAAACGCGAAGGCACGUGAUUGGUCGAGCGGGCCGCACGCGCGUGAACACGGGGGUCGCGCGCUCCUUAUCGCCCCUCCUCACCCACGCGAGGUUUCAAAAAUCAUCAAAGUGUUCAACCCUGCGGUCUCCGCGCAUAUAUUCAGCAGCAUCCGCACGCCUCCGUCGCCCAAAUCCAACCAAUUCCCAACCCUCCAAAUCCCACCAUGCAGAGCCUCCGCACGCUGUCGCUGCCGCGCGCAGCCUCCUCCUCCCUCCGCCGCGCCGCCUUCUCCACCAGCGCCCCGCGCCCACUGGCCAAGAUGCAAAUCAUCGGACGGCUGGCAGACACGCCAGAAGUGUCGCCGACCUCGACGGGACAGGAGAUUACGAGGUUUGCGGUGGGCGUGGGCAGUGGACCGCGCGAUGAGUCGACGGGCCGCCAGAGUCACGUCAGCUGGUUCCGUGUUGCGAGCUUCAUGGAGGAUGGGCCGCAGAGGAGACUGUUGCAGGGCUUGCCGAAGGGGACGCAAUUGUUCAUUGACGCAGAGGCGCGGAUGGACACUUAUGAAGACAAGGACGGGAUCAAGCGCACCCAGUUGAACCUACUCAUGCGCAACUUCGAGACGCUCAGCCGGCCGCAAAGCGCAAGUAACUCGAGCGUGGGGACACAGAGCGAUGAGCCGCUUGCCGCAGCAGGUGCCUCGUAGGGAGGAGAGUGGAAGGGGGGUUUGUGAAUGCUGUGAAGACGCUGUAUACUCUACCUGGGAUAUCUUAGGCGUUUUGUUCGGGCGCCCGGAGUUUAUGGGGGUGAUGAGAGAGUCUUGAUUGAGCGAAUGCAGUGUCGAGGAUGAGUGUGGCCGCUGGGAAGCAGGGUAAUCUCUCAACUCCAUUCUCAAUUGACUGCAUCUUCAACAUGCCUUGCCAUGCCCAGCCACGUUACAAGGAAGACACAAUGCGUUCA